ACUUUAACUCAGCCGCAGAGAACAGAAGCGCCUUUCCAGCAGAGAAGAUGAACCUAACCAAUUGUUCUUACAACUAUGGAAACAUUGAAAAUAAGAUGCUGCCUGCUCUUUACACCAUCUCGUUCAUCAUUGGUUUUGUGGGUAAUGCAUGGGGGCUGAAGCUGUUGCUGCAGAAAUGGCAGAAACUGAGAAUCAUAAACGUUUUUGUCCUCAACCUCGGACUUGCCAACGUCUUGUACCUGUUCACCCUUCCUUUUUUGAUGGUGUACUACUUCAGUGGAGGUAAAUGGAUUUUUGGGGACAUUUUCUGCAAGAUGACAAGAUUCUGCUUCAACGUGAACUUGUACUGCAGCAUCGGGUUCCUCACCUGUAUUAGUGUGUACAGGUACCUGGCCAUCGUCCAUCCUCUGAGAAUGAUGGGAAGACUAACUGUGACUCGUUCUGUGCUGAUCUCAGUCCUUGUUUGGCUUUUGGUGAUUGUUCAAAGUAUGCCAGACAUCUUUUUUCCAAAACGAUUCAAAGACAAAGCACAGUGCUUCCACUCUACAAGCCUUGACAAGACUGAGGAUUACCUAACAUACAGCCUUGUGUGGACAACCACUGGAUUUUGUAUCCCAUUACUCGUCACUCUGGGCUGCUAUGGACAUGUGACUUUUGUUCUUUGUCGCAGGAACACUAUAGAGAAGACACUGAGACAAAAGUGUGUGAAAUUUCUUUUCAUUUUGAUUCUUCUUUUCUCCGUCUGUUAUAUUCCUUAUCACGUCUUUAGGAACCUAAGUCUAUUUUCUAGAAUUCAGAGCAAACAGAAUAUCUGUGUUUGGUGGGAUAAACAUGUUUUUACAGGUCAUCAGAUCAGUCGGGGGCUUGUGUGUCUGAACAGUGCUCUCAAUCCUCUGGUUUAUCUUCAGAUGAGUGAACAUAUUCUCACUCACAUCCGACAGCUCCCACAACAAGUUUGUAAGAUUUUCCAUUGUAUGUUUGUGUGCAGCAGGAACAGAGUUGCUGUGUCACAAAGUGAAGACAUUUAGAAUUUUUUUGGUGCUCAGAAACUCCUGAAAUGUCUACCACAUUCUCUGGGUAAAACCUUUUCUUUGUUUUGACUCCGUUUGGAAUUGUGCCUGUAAAUACAAACAUUUCACCCAUAUAUGUGAUGCAAAGCUGGACAUAUGUUUAAGAAGGAAUCUGUUUUUGUGAACACGACAAAAAUGUUUUACCUUGGUUGAAUUUGUUUUUUUUAAAUACAAAUCUGAUAGUAAUUUUGUGAAAUACUAGGGAUGCCACAACGCCCAGUUUAAAACUGAACCGUAUGUUGCAGCCUUUACUGAAUUGAGGAGGAAGGGAAUCGUUGCAUCUCUGCUGACGACGCGAGAAGCAAGGCCGUGAUUGGCCAACCAGCUCACAUGAUAGAGUCACGUCGCGGGAAACAGAAGGUGACCAGAAAUGCGCAGAAAGGAAACUAACAGACGGUUAAGGCAGAACAAAGUAGCCAAAACCACCUGGGCUACAUGCAGUUCACUAUAAAUAUGAUUCAAGUGUCAAAUAUGUGUUGCACUAAAUUUAAGAAGCAUUUAUUAGUUAAUGUUUUAUUACAUAAAAAAGGCUUAGUAUGAGCCAAGUGAAAUGUUGUCUUCAUUUUUGCUUGCUUUUUAGCAAAUAAAAACAUUUUUUUCAUGUUU